AUGGCACAAAACCCCCCACAAACCUCGGUUCCUCCGGGAAAUGGCGCUGCCCAGCCACGGCCAGCCAGCCGUCCCCAACAGCAAUACUCUCAGGCUGACUUGAACCGCAUUGUCAUGGAAUAUCUCAACAAGAAAGGCUUUCACAAAACAGAAGCAAUGUUCCGCCUAGAAAGCUCCAAUUCCCCUACUCCUGCGGUACCCGCAGUCAGCACUGCUACAACACCUAUGGCAGGCCCCACCGAAAUCCUGCGGCCUCGUGAUGGAAUGCUUCCGCGUCCAGAUGCUGACCGUCCAAGAGAGUACAUCCAAAGUCUGCAACCACCGCGCCAAAUAAGAGAAGACGAAGAAAGAGCAAAGAUAGAGAAUGAUCCUGAAGUAUACUAUCGUGCCUAUUCGACGUUACGUAGCUGGGUUUACUCGUCGUUGGACUUGUACAAACCUGAAUUGUUCCGGGUAUUGUAUCCAUUGUUUGUUCACUGCUACCUCGAGCUUGUCUCCAAGGGUUUUGUGGCACAAGCGAAAACUUUUUUUGACAAGUUUCUGUCAGAUCAUUUGGCUCUUCAUGGAGUAGAGAUCUCCCAGCUUGCCGGCAUAUCGCUUCCUGGCCACAUCAGAGAAAAUAAAUUGGCCCAAGCAUACCGUUCCAAAGAAUAUCGAAUCUCCGUGUCCAAGACCAGUAUGUACUUACUUCUCCAUUUCUUGCUUGAGAACGAGGCUGUCGGAGGAUCUGUCUUGAUUGGAAUUAUCAAUCAGUAUUUAAAACCAGUCAUCUCAACACGUACAGAGCGCGUCGUCCGUGAGGGAGAGGCAGACCCUAACGAGGGUCUUACUGGAUUUGUUGCAAACACUACCGAAAUUGACAAAUUCAAUGAACAGUCCGUUCUGUUGGGGAAGUUGCCUCUAGAGCCAGAAAUCGAAAAAGAGGUGCAAGCUGAGCUCAAAGUCAAAGACGAGAACACAGAACCAGUCAAUGGCAAGACUCUAGUAGAAGAGUUUGAGGAGCUCAAUGCCCCAGAUAAAGACUCACCAUCCGCUGAUUCGAUUCCGCUACCCAUGAAAGAUGCAAGUGACAUCAAGAGAAUGAUUCUUGCAGUCGAGGACUCUCGCCUCAAAGUCAAACUUGGUGCCAUUCAGGCAAGUGCUCCAUCUGUGUGUAUGUACACUUUCCACAACACAAAUGCUAACCUCACCUCCUUGGAGUUCAAUUCUGAUUCGAACUUGGUCGCCGGAGGUUUCCAGGACAGUUAUGUGAAGCUCUGGAGUCUCGACGGUCGUCCUCUCCGAGCAUUGUCUAAAAAGGAUCCGCACAAUAACAGCGAUUCUAGAAAAUUGGUUGGCCACAGUGGGCCAGUCUACGGUAUGUCAUUCUCUCCAGACAAUCGCUACUUGAUCUCUGCUUCUGAGGACAAAACUGCUCGAUUAUGGUCCUUGGACACUUAUUCAGCCUUAGUUUCUUACAAAGGCCACAAUCAACCAAUCUGGGAUGUGAAGUUUUCUCCCAUGGGCCAUUACUUCGCCACUGCCUCCCAUGAUCAGACAGCCCGUUUGUGGGCAACUGACCAUAUUUACCCACUUCGUAUUUUUGCUGGUCAUAUCAAUGAUGUGGACUGCGUUGAUUUCCAUCCAAACUCGAAUUACGUCUUCACUGGUCUGUCAGACAAGACCUGCCGUAUGUGGGAUGUGCAAACCGGAAAUGCUGUCAGAAUUUUUAUGGGGCACACAGGACCUGUGAAUUGUCUUGCGGUGUCACCCGAUGGUAGAUGGCUUGCAAGUGCUGGUGAAGAUAGUGUGGUUAAUGUGUGGGACGUGGGAUCAGGAAGAAAACUCAAGAGCAUGCGUGGCCAUGGAAAGUCCUCCAUCUAUUCGCUCGCUUUCUCUAAAGACGGAAGUGUCUUGGUGAGUGGUGGUGCCGACAAUACUGUCAGAGUCUGGGAUGUGAAGAGAAACACUCAAGAUGCUGGCCCACUUCCAGAGGCAUUUUCAGGAGAUGCAUCAAGGGAUGGAAUGGGUGGAGGAGCUGAUGGUGCAAAGAAACCAACCGAAAAAGCAAAUAGAAAGGAGAUUAUUGCUACUCCAGAUCAUAUGACGGCCUAUUUUACCAAGAAAAUACCUGUCUACAAAGUUCAUUUCUCUAGACGUAAUCUCUGUCUAGCUGGUGGUGCCCUCAAUCCUUAG